GUCAGAGAGUUUUAUACUGGAUCCCUGUGCUGUUCAUAUGGCUUAUUGUGGCAUGGUCCUACUACGCCUAUGUCGUGCAACUCUGCAUAGCUGUCAUGAGCAUGUCACCAUGGAGCCAACUGUGGAGAGCUAUAGCACUCCAUCAACCUGAAUGGAGGAGUUGGUGCUAUUGAACAUAACACUCUCAUUGAUGAGAACUGUGCUGAAAUCAGUUUUAUUUUCUGAGGGGGGGUUGAAGAGAAUGAGCAUCAAGGGAUUCAGUCCUUGUGCAGUUUGUUUCAUCUGAGGGAGAGUGAAACCCCCCCAGAUAAACUGCGGUAGCUCCUGGAGGUGCGUGAGUGACGUGUUGGAGGCAGAGAGCACAGACCCAACUGCUGAUGUUGUUGCUGAGUUAUGCCAUCCUUUAUGCUGAACUGCAGUCAGCUAAUCUCUGCAGACAACCCUUUUAUAGAUGAACUCCCUCUCUGGAUAGGAUCAAGUGGGAAAACUGUGAUCAAAUCACCGAACUGCAGUCCAAAACAAAGGAAAACAUUGUGCAGGAGAAUCACAGAACCACAGAGAACCACUUCAGGUAUCACUGCAACCACACUGGUGACCAUCUGCUGCUGACUGACCUUCUGUGUGCUGCACGGAUGUUUUCCGAGAUACUUCACAAAAUAUUACAAGUUUGCUAUUAGAAAUUGCCAAGUGUAUCCAUGAAGCUUAGAUCAAGAACUGGCACAAUGAUUGUUUACAUGCUUUAAAUAAGCAACAGUUGAAAACAUGGCGGAGAAAAUAGUUUACCUACUGGCCUACCAUGUACUCUUCAUCAUGUUUGUAUGGGCAUAUUGGCAAACCAUCUUCACCAAGCCUCUGAAUCCUCUCAAAGAGUUCCACCUGUCCCACUCUGACAAAGAGCUACUGGAGCGAGAGGAUCGUGGAGAAUCUCAGCAGGAGAUCUUAAGAAGAUUAGCCAAGGAUUUACCCAUCUAUACCCGCACAACAUCUGGAGCUAUCCGCUACUGUGACCGAUGCUACGUGGUGAAACCUGACCGAUGCCAUCACUGUUCAGUCUGUGAUAAGUGCAUCUUGAAGAUGGAUCACCACUGUCCAUGGGUGAACAAUUGCGUGGGCUUCUCAAACUACAAGUUUUUUAUGCUUUUCCUCACUUACUCUUUGCUGUAUUGCCUCUUCGUCACGGCGACAGACCUACAGUACUUCAUUCAGUUCUGGACUAAUGGCUUGCCUGACACUCAAGCCAAGUUCCAUAUCAUGUUCCUGUUCUUUGCUGCCUCCAUGUUCUCAGUCAGUCUGGCCUCACUGUUUGCCUAUCACUGCUGGCUUGUCUGUAAAAAUAGAUCCACCCUAGAGGUCUUCCGUGCACCUGCCUUUCGUCAUGGAACUGACAAGAAUGGUUUCAGUCUCGGUGUAAGCAAGAACUUUCGCCAAGUCUUUGGUGAUGAGAAGAAAUAUUGGCUCCUACCUGUUUUUACCAGUCUUGGUGAUGGCUGCUCCUUCCCCACCUGCCUAAUGAACCCUGACCCUGAACAGCCUGCUUCACCAUCUGGAAAUGCUGCCAUCAAAAGUGAUGGAGAAACCCAUCUAUUCCCUGCUAAACCUCUGAGAGAGUCUCAGAGCCGUCUGCUGAGUAACGGGCUGAGCUGGGCAGAGAGUGAGGGGACAGGCAACAAAGACUGCCAAGGCACAAUCAAUCCAGCCAUGACUAUGGAGAAGGAAACCUAGGUCCAUCACAAUACGGACUUCUUUAAAGAGAAGAAGGUACCGCUAUGGUUAUGCUCUUUGUCCAUGAAAGUAGAAAUUCCCAUUUGUACCGGAAAUGGUGUUUGGCUGCGGCAACAUACCACUGUCCAUUUGCUUUCUAAUCUAAUUGCUUGAGUAGGGUGCUUCUUUAUAAAAGCUCACUGCAGAAUUACAAGUUUGUAUAUUUAUGAGGAUGUGGUUAGGACACAGAGUCCAUUUUGUACUGUAUAGAGACUAAGUGUGUGUACACUGUGCCUAAAGAAACUUGCUGAAAAUCGUUGCACUCUGGGUGACAUUUGACUUGCACACUUUGUGACCCAUUUAGAACUCAUUACCAUGGAUUAAAUGAUCACCAAAGUUAUUAUUUACAGUUAAUGCCUUGAUAAAACUUGUGGUAUUUGUGUUUAAGGCUAAAUUUUAUAUCAAUUUGGGAUUAAAUGUGUUUUUGUGCAUGCUAUGUACUGCAUAUGUACUAUAUAUAUUACAUUUCAACUGAAAUUUGAAGACCCAACUGAGGCACUGUAAUACACACCUCAAUUGCUGGGCCAUGAACUGCUGUCAAAUCUGUUCAAAGGAAGCGCACCUUUUUAUGUUUCUCUUGUUGGCAUGUUUAGGUAAAGAUGUUUGUAUUUUUAAUAGUCUGUGUCAUAUUGAGAACCUGUCUUUCUGGCCCUUGUGUAUAUCAACCUGUAUAUCACUAAUUAUUCUAAAAUUCAUUUGUACAACAGUUCAAAUAUAAGACAUUUUGCUAUAUUGACAUAUUUAAGGCACUCACCUAACUUUCCAAAUCUUCUACCUUAUACAUGCUCCAGAGCUGUGCAGGACCAAAUGGACGGAUAGAGAGGUUUUUGUUCCGAGCCAAAAAAACCCCCCACAGAAGCAGUGACUUACAACCGGCUUGAGAAACAGUAGAAUGUUGUGACCUCAUAAGCACAGGAAGUACUAGCUCAUUUGCACUUUGGAUUAAUGUACAUGUGAAAACCUGUAAACAUGAAUUCAGUUUUUUUUUCAGUGUUAAAAACAGUGCUGAUGCAUUAGGAAUACAUCUAGGAAAUAGACAUUUCUACUACAUUUUUCAAUUUUGGAAAAUAAUUCAAAUAAGUAAUUUUGUUUGGAAAGGGUAUCAGUUGAUACUGAUAUUCCAAAUUGUGGUGGUGUAUGUUCAGACAGGAUUAUUAAUGUAGUUGCUAAUACAAAAUGAGAGAAUGAACACACCAUGCUUGAAAUCAGGUAUGAUGUUUACACAGUUACCGCAUUGCAGAAAAUGUAUCUGUGGCUUUGGACAGAGGGUCAAAAUGUCUCCAAGGGCUCAAUUUUUCUCUUUGAUAAUGUUUUUCAUUUAAUAUGAUGCCAAGAGUAUUGCAUGAUAUAGGAUACAUCUAAAACAGUACAUCAACAGUAUCUUUUUCACUAAGGGAUAAUGUACAGUAGACUAGACAAGUCAAGGCUUUUUAAAAGUGAUGGGGCGUUUUUUAUGUGCCAUUUUCAUCUUUAUCAUGGAACAUUAUCAAGAAACCCCUUUAUUUCAUACAAUUCUAUGAACCAGAGUAUAGCGUAAUAGCUGAUUGCAUGUUAACUUUACUUUUUGAAAACUUGUGUUAAAAUCAUUUUGCCUCACCCAGACCAAAUUAAAACUGUACUUCUCAUGUUUUCCAUAACCAAGUGGAUUUAUUUAUUCUGGAUCAUCAAUUACUAAUGAUUUGGUGAAAUGACUUUUUUAGAUUAUUUUUUCAUUUGAAACAAUAAAUCACAUGCUUUACGUA